AGGGGAGGAAGCAACUCAAUUGCUACUAAGGUAGGGUGUGACCACAAAGUAAUUCAGACAAAGAACAUUCCCGUGGGUCUCGAGAGCAGCGGUGCUGUCAUGUUACUCACUUCACCAGCGGAACGCAGAGCGAGCGGCGUGAGAUCAGACGGUUACCUGAACGCUGCACUGAACCGCUGACAGGUAGCAGAGAUCGUGGUCAUGAUUGGUAUGAUUGGUGAGUGGUUGUGGUGGGACCGGCUGUGGCUGCCGGGGAACCUCACGUGGGACGAUCUCACAGAACAGGAAGAGCUUGUCUAUGCCAAAGUGUCCCACCUCUAUGUCAUUGUGCCGUAUGCUUUAGUUUUCCUGCUAGUCAGAUACUUGUUUGAAAGGUUAAUAGCGACACCGUUUGCAGCUUUGUUUGGUGUUUCAGAGAAGACUGGAUACAAAGUGGAGCACAAUGCUGUUCUUGAACAUUAUUUCAAUACAAAGUCAAAAAACCCAAGACAGGCAGAUAUAGAUGGUCUGUGUAAAAAAUGCAGCUGGUCAAGUAGACAAGUGGAGCGCUGGUUCAGGAGGAGACGAAACCAGGACCGUCCUAGUGUUCUGAAAAAAUUCAGAGAGGCCAGUUGGCGAUUGGUGUUUUAUGUGGGGACGUUCACUGGUGGAGUCAUAGCCCUGUAUGAUAAACCCUGGUUUUAUAAUUUGCGGGAGGUAUGGAUUGGUUAUCCCAAACAGUCCAUGCUGGAGUCACAGUAUUGGUAUUAUAUUGUGGAGAUGAGUUUCUAUUUGUCGCUAGUGCUCAGAAUAACAUUCGAUGUCAAACGAAAGGACUUUAAAGAACAGAUCAUCCAUCAUUGGGCCACACUGACUCUCUUGGCUUUCUCCUGGUGUGCAAACUACAUCCGGGUCGGGACCCUGGUCAUGCUCAUUCACGAUUCUUCUGACAUUCUUCUGGAGUCCGCUAAGAUCUUCAACUAUGCCAAAUGGGAAAAAACGUGCAACAGCAUCUUUGUGGUAUUUGCUGCUAUCUUCAUAAUCACGCGACUCAUAAUCUUUCCAUUUUGGAUCAUUCACUGCACAUGGGUUUACCCGCUUGACUAUUACCCACCAUUCUUUGGAUACUACUUUUUUAACUUCAUGCUUGUCGUCCUGUUGAUGCUCCACAUAUUCUGGGCAUAUCUGAUUCUACGUAUGGUGAAGAUGUUCCUUUUCGGAAGUUUAACCAAAGAUGAGAGAAGUGACAAUGAAGAAGACGAGGAAGAGGAUGGUGAAACCAGUGUGGCCGAGGACAAUGACGGACAUGUGAAAGUGACCAAUGGCUGUGGUGGAGGCGGAGCUAAUCAUCACUGACGCAUCUUUCCUUAUACUGUGAAUGACUUUGAAUUGGCCUCAGGGAUGUGAGGAGCCAAAAACAUAAUUUGGAUUUAUUUCCACACAUAAUAUGCCAGAGACCUGUCAAAACAAAUUGCAUCUUUUAAUAACACUUUAAAAACCCUUUCCCCCCCCUGCGCUCGGCUUCACUGGAUGCGAGGCGCUGUGUCUUGGCUGCUUUAAACCUAUUUUACCCCCUUUCGACUAAGAACUUUUUUAUUGUGGCACAGGAUCACAUGGGUAAUUAUGAAAGAACACCAUGCACACAAAGCAAAAGAAACCCCCUGUAAGAUUUAAUAGACUGCUCAUUGUUUUUGAAGCUCAAGGAUCACGUCACACUGGCUGCUCUCGCCGCCUGGCAUCUUCCUUCGAGGCUUCAUCUGCCGUGCUGCUGAGUUUUACAUAAACCUCUCCCUCUAUAAAGAACUGAAAUGAACGAGUGAGUUUGGAGAAUAACAUCUACCCUUGUAACACUUUAACCUCUGGACACUGGAGCAGGGGCUUGGUGUACACUCAGCUGAUGUUUUCUUUUAGUUCUUAACUUCUUUUACUGUGUCUAUUUGGGAUGUGUCCACCAUAUUGUGGAUUAUUGGUGUUCACACUACAGUAACAUAUUUUUGUCAGUGCAAUUUAUUUGCAUCAACUUAUUGUUGGAGGUCACUGAGUCUCUCCACUGCUGGUUGAAUGACUUCCAGUCAGUCAGAGGUUUUAUAAUUACCUCUGUGUGUAAGCCACAAAACCACAAGUGUUUAAAGUUUUCACCGUUUAACUUUAAUCUUACUUGCUCCAAGUCUCAGAGUUGAAGAAUUGGCUGCCUUUCAGUUCAAUUUGAAUUGGCCAUUCAGGAAGUUGAACUGGAAUGGCAGGAAGAGGAAUUUAUUAAAUUGUAAUUUUAAAGAAGUGUGAAAUAUGUUUCACUCUGGUUCGCACAAUCUAAUUUAUUAAAUAUGCAAAUUAAAUUCAUAUAUAUGAAAUAUACAAACUAAAUGCAAAUUUGAAAGCAUUCCAUCCAUCCAUCCAUCAAAAAGUUUUGAUGCUCUGCAGGGGUUUAGUGUAGACAUAUUUUCACAAAAUAAUAUGUAUUUGACUUAAAACUACCCAAGUAUAUCUGAAUGCUGUAAGUGUUAAAUUUUGAGAUUUAAUAUGUUUUAUGUCUUAUUGACAUUUAUGAACUGGUUGAAUAUUCACAUCUGCAGUGAGUGACUGAUUUGGUGUGUGUUUUAGGCUAUUUAAUUAGUUGAUAUGUGUAUGAGAGAAUGACAAAGAAAGAACUGAGAUGAAUGAGUUCAGGCCUGUAUGACAAAUGUAUGUGUGUGUAUGACAAAUCAUUUUUGUUUCUCUUGGGCGAUGCAAAUUUAUGUAGUUUUGAGAAUUUAUGUAGUGCAUUUACUGUUUUUUACACUGAAGAGUGAAAUGUUUAAUUGAAGGAUUUUUUUAAAAUUGUUCAAUUAAAUUUUUAUUGUAAUAAAGAUCUAAUAUUGAUCUAAUAUUUCAGUAUACAAUGUUA